AUGAUCAAGACUGCUCUUGCGUUCAAGGCCCUGUGGGCCUUGGCUGGCGUCACCAUGGUCGAUGCCUCGUUCUGGGUCAUCCCCGACAUUCAGAUUCUGACGACGGCCCGUAUGGACCCCAUCGUCUCGCCCGGAAAGGUGGCCCCCCACUCGCACACCAUCUCUGGUGCCUCCAACUUCCGUUCGGUUCUCAACACGCCCGAGGAGCAGCAGAACGCCGUCUGCUCGACCGCCCCCAUUCAGGCCGACAAGUCCAACUACUGGUCUCCUCAGAUCUUCUUCAUCAACAAGGACAACGAGUAUGAGCACCUCAGCCCCGGCAGCCGUGUCUACUACUUUGCCCCCGAGAACUCGAUUGCCUUCCCCAAGGGUAUGCGCAUGAUCUCUGGUAUCGCCAACGAGCGCAACCCCAGUGCCCUCAGGUCCCAGGGUGUCUUCAUGGACUGUGACGAGCGCCCUGGUGGCACCGACUGGCUCCCGAACGGCACCGUCUACCCCACCGCUUGCAACUCGAUCCACACCAACGUCUUCAUGCCCUCGUGUGGCUGGGCCAACCAGUCGCUCGACUCGUGGGACCACUUCUCGCACCUCACCUGGCCCAUCAACCACGGUGGUGGCCAGGUCUGGGAGAACCUCGUCGAGUCCACCUGCCCCCCCUCGCACCCCAUCAAGUACCCGACCAUGAUGGUUCAGUUCAACUACUGGACUUCGCCGCGCCAGAGGGAGCAGUGGAAGACGGACGGCAGCCCCAACUUUAUCCUCGCCAACGGUGACACUACUGGCCAGACCUUCCACGUCGACUUUGUCUCUGGCUGGGAUGAGGACGUCCUCAACAACGCUAUCAAAACUUGCGGUGACAUUGGCGACAGGAUCGGAGACUGCGCGGCCUUCAAGCCCUCGGUCGACAGGGACCGCGCCAACAACUGCGCCCUCCAGAGCAUGCUCCCUGCCGAGGAGGUUGGUUUCAACAAGCCCCUCAAGAACUUGCCCGGCUGCAACCCUGUCUGGGGCCUCGAGACCAACGUCAAGCCCAACGACUGCCCGUGGCACACUGGUGACCCCGGAUGGACUGCUCCUCAGGGAUCGUACGCCGACAACUGGCGCACCAUGCCCCUUGCCAUGGACCUGAACAGCUCGGUCGUCCUUCCUCACAAGCUCCGCACCUUUGGCCAGCCCGACGUCGUCACCUACAACGGCAUGUACGGCAGUGGUCUUCUUGCCACUUGGCCCAACGACUACACCGGCGACGUUGUUGAGAAGGGCACCUUUGACGACUUCAAGGCCAACUCGAACGGUGCCACGGCCGUCAACAAGCAGUGCCAGGCUGCUGGCCUCAAGGACUCGUCUGCUUGGACUGGCUUGCAGCCUCCUACCAUUGUCGGCCAGGACAAGUGGUCGCCCCUCAAGGACUUCCCCAAGACCUUCACCUGGCUCAACAAGGUUCCCCAGAAGACCGAGAACGCCUACCUCAACUUCCCCGACGACCUCCCCCGCCCCACCGACGGAUCCGCGAACGACGUGUACAACUUUACCGGACCUGACGGCAAGCCCAUGCAGCAGGUUGCCGCUGCCCCUACGCCCGCCACGGCUCCGGUUAGCUCUAACUCUGGUUCUUCGGAGGCCAAGCCCACCGGCGUCUCGUCGUCUUCGGAGUCUGCUUCGUCUUCGGACUCUGCUUCCUCUUCUGGCUCUGGCACCGCUGCCGCUCCCACCUUCAGCGGCGCCGCUGCCCCCGUCAAGAACGUCAACCAGCUCAACGUCGCCGCGGACGGCCCGUCGCUUUCUUCGAACGUCACGGGCACUGCCACCCCUUCGGUUGUCAACGCUGCUGCCGAGGGUGGCGCCGCUCCUACUGGCGCCCCCGCUGGUGAGGCCUACGGCGCCGGUGGUGCUGGUGCCGGUGGCGCUCCUUCCCCCUCCGCCGGCAGCUCUGGCACCAAGGCCGCCGAGGUCUCGGGAUCGUCGUCCUCGACGACCGCCACCACUACCGACGGCGCCGCCGCCGGCACUGCCGCUCCUACUGGCAACGGCGCUUCGCCCGCCCCCGGCGGCACCCAGCCUACUGCCAAGCCCGGCCGCUGCAGGCGCAAGACCCGCCGCGGCCUCGACAAGCGCCGCCUCUAA